CUAGAUACUCGGUUACAAAGGAAUCAUCGCAUGGCCAUACUCGGUAAUCCAGAACUUUCAGCGACGUUCGCGUCCCAUUACAUGCCGCCCUCUAAUGUGAAUACCGUCGACCGUGUGAUAUUUAGGCUUGUUUUCGAGUGAGUCCCUCGUAAACCAUUUUUUCUAUAAAAUGAUAACGAGGAUGCCAUGAAACCUGCUAUGCUUCUAGAUGCGGUGAGCGUCACUGGGUCUACAAGAGGAUGGCCCGUUAGCGGUGCACAUUCUCCAUUAAACGGAACCCAUUCGAUAGAUCCAGCUCCACGCGAAGUUAUAAAGAAAGAUACGCCUGCAAAAUAGUUCGCUAGCUUCUAUGGGUGGACCUGUCGGUGUUCUGACGUCGCUCUAUCGACAUUCUCCUUUGUAUGAUGCCCCUGGACGUGUUAACCCUUUGUAAAGUGGUUCCCUCAACCACGUUGGCUCGAAUGAAAGGUCACGUUGUGCGAUUCCGUUCUCCUGGAGGGAGAGGACACGCGUAUACGGAACAGAGCUAUUGGGGUAAGGAAGCAUGUUAGAAGACAAGCCACAACACCCUUCCACAUCAUGUUAACUACACAUGCAUGAAUAAAGGUUCAGGAUUGAACAUGAAAGUUUACAACGCCUGAGAUAUAGAAAAAGACUCGUUCUGCAGCGACUACUGAGCUUAACGUUUUUCUCGUGUGACUUAUGUGACAACAUACACUGUUAAGUCCAAGAAUACACAGGGUGCACUCUCGUUCCAGUCGCCCUGCCAACUCUGUUUCCCUGUUUAGCCUCAGUGAACAAUGAGCGGAGAAACAGUUAUUUUCAGCAGGUCUUAUGCGUUGGCCGUAGAUAUAUGCCCUGUAUUUGUUAUUCCCAUCGGAAGGAUUUUGCGAAAUUUCGCAGCAAAGGCGGGAGUGUCUGGGUAGGGAGGGCCAGUUCAUCAGAUGUGCUGCAACAUGAAUUAAUCAAUGGUACUGAGUUCUUAAACGUGUGUCAUUCCGGGUUGUAAAACCAAAAAAGUAUCUUCUUCCUACAUGAUAGCUAUAAACUUUGUACGUGAGGAGGGAACGGGUGAUUGGAAGGAAGCAUUUGUGGACUACCUUCACUACUCCACGGAUCCUCCCAGACGACAAGGUUUCUAUGCAGUAUUAUGCCUUGUUUUGCAUAGAUGGGUUGUAACGGAUGAUCGAAGUGGCCAUAUAACUGGAAUAAAGCACAGCUCGCUCUGUUCACACAUGGCGGCCAAGUUGUCUGAUCCGAGGGUUCACUGAAUCUAGCUGAACCUGUGUUUUGUCGCAUGCACCGAGCAAGAGGGGUAAGCAGAAGCGCAGGGAGACAAGUCCCUAAUCGAGACCGAUUCACAGUGAUGUUCUAUUGUUUUUUCAAUUCGUAGAAUUUGAGGUAGAUUCAAAAAGCCAUGACGGCGAAGCAUGAUUAAAUCCGAUUUUAGUUAGAAUAUUAUAACUUCCGCAGGGGAUACUCUAAGCAGCCGGUAUCAAAUAGGAUCUAUCGCACAAUGAUAGUGCCACAGUACGGGCAAUUAGUUAGUUGCAGAGUCUAGCUGCUGACGAUGGACAGUAAUGCGUGAAGCGCUGAAUGCACUGACUCUGGUGUUGAAGUGUUUUUUCGCGGAAGGAUCCCUACGGAGAGGACGCUCCACGUUGCUUGUGCAAAUCUCUUCUAGUAAAUGGACUCUCCAUCCAGAUGUAAACCUUGCACCUUUCUCCGACAGUCCGAGGCAGGAAUGAUUGGUCAGUUUAUUUUGUGGUAUUACAAGGGUCAGAGGAUUGUGAUCUUGAAGUCGAUCCAGAUAUGAAAUGUCUAUACAUGGCAGAAGAAGCGCAUCGAGUUCAGUGCGAAGCUACGGGUUGUGGUAGAAGUCGCGGCGAAAGUGUACUCUUCACUCUUGUCGAUUUGGCAUCUCUGACAUGUGGUACCUUAGUUUCUGUAGACAUAGUGAUAGCGGGCAUAUUCUAGAUGACCUUGGCUUUGACAGUUUUUUAUAUUUCUGCCUGUGUGGCGGUACCGUCUCAACAGCAGUAAGGAAGCAAUUAGAGGGCGGAUUUUUUGACUGGAGGGGGAAGGUAGGAUGCAGUAGUGAGGGGGACAAGGAAACAACGAAUGAAAACCGACCGGUACAUUUGGCCUUCGAUGCUCCAGCUUCUGGGUACUUGUAAGGAAACAUCGGCUGACACCUUGUACCAUAAUUUUCCAAGCCAGUACAUUGGGUGGCCUCCCACCAUUGCCCCCUAAAUGAGAACUGUACUCGUCAUCAAGCUGAAAGGCUUGUCGCGUCCUCGAUUUAAGUGUUUCUAUUAGCAAGACAGGCACUCUUUUUGAAGGUAUGUCACUUGCUCCAAUGUCCUUGCCACCCCCGAGACCCGCUGAUAUAUGAAUAUGUCUUCCAGUUUUCGUUUCCGUUACACCGGUCAGCCAUGCGAAAAAAGGCAGGAGUCUGUGAAUCGCGGCGCCUAAUGUCCACAGUUUCUGUUACCAAUGUAAUGCGGAUCAUGAACGUUUUAAAUAACAAUGAAGCUGAUACCUUUUUCUCGCAGACGACAAUUGAAGAGAUGGAGUAAGUCGAAAACUCUGUUCUAAUCAAUGCACAUCAUCGCACGUGUCCUGCUCCCUUGUCUUCCAUUUUCCCUUCCGUUGCUCCUUUGUGAAUCGUCGAGAAUGCAUUAAGAGGAGCUCUUCCCUUCGCUUGGUAAGUCUGGCCAACGGAUCUGAGUUAGCGUCAUGCUUGCCGCCAGCAUGUGCAAGGGGCAUGUCCGCGUAUGUUCUGCCAUCAGGUAACAAGGGGUGCUUAUGUUGUUGCUGAGGCUUCUCCCAUGAAGGGGUUGUGCUGUGGGUCGCCCCAUCGCUGCACGUCCUUUUAUUCCGCAAAUUGAGGUGUCGUUCUUCAGCUUCGUGAAAAGGUGAUCCCUGUAGUGUUGAGGAAUGACGCGCGUCAUCUUGAAGGUGAUCGAAGACAUCGGAACCAUAUCCCUCUUCCCUGGAUUCAUCGUCCUGCGUCAGUCCAGCCACAAGACCGUGUCGCGCAUACGACUCUGGUAUGUGUGCCAAACAUCCUGGCAUCCUCUGUUCAGCCAACUGCGAACGUACAGUCCGAAGGGCGUGCAGGUAGGAGUGAGUGUUCAGAGGCUCAAUCGUAACGGCAUCGGCUUCAUCCUCAUCGACGUGCGUGCAACGUGGGCUCCUGUGGCACUCAUGGCCGAUGAGGAGUCCACGGGAUGGGACGGCAUUUUCCUGAGAGAUGAGACCGUCUUCCAUCACUUUUGUUGAUCAAAGAAGAUCGAAGCGAGCGGGCCUUCAGUCCAGAGAAAACAAAUCCAUGAAAGAACGAGAAACAUUACAAUGAUGAAUGUUGACGACUUGGGAACCCUAGCUGGUUCAGCCAUGCUUGGUGGGAGGCAGCGGUCUUGGUCCUCAUUUAUGCAUAUGCAAUUCGCCAGAAAAUACAUGCUCAAACGGUAUGCCUUACUCUUGCUUUGCGAAAAAUGCUCUGCAACGCAAAAAACUGAGACAAAAACCUAAAGACUCUGACCGUAGCUCAAAUUCCAGCUGCCCUCCGCCUUCGUGGUCUCGCGCGAACUAGACCAGGACAGAAUCCUCGACAGAACCAAUCGGUGUAGGCAACAUUCAGGCCCUUACUGAUGCUGAUUAGCCUCAUUCAAGCAUAUUUCAUUUGUUAGCAGACAGUCAAAGGCUUACGCCAUUGUGCAAUGGGGCCACAUGCACAAGACAGCUGUCCACUUCAGAACCUUAGUCUGGUCCGACGACUCACGAAGAACGAAUGAAAUAAAGUGGACAAAUAUGCAAGAAAAAAUCGAGGAUAGCAAAUUGCGAUAUUUUCAGGAAAAAGAAGGAACCGAGGAACGAGCAUUGCCGCUGAUACUUUUGCCGCGAAGCAAAUAUAUGGUAGUCGCAAAAUGCAUGCG